UCCCACUUUUUAUUUGAAAAAAAGGACAUAAUUUUCAUCAUGUAUGCCCCAUUUUCUUCGGAGUUUCUUGUCAUCCUUUAUCCUUCACAAGGAAAUUCUUUAUCCAACUAAUUGAAAUGAGAGUCUCUUUAUGUUUAUAUCCAUUUCCCCUUUGUCAAGAUAUAUUUGUUACAUAAUUUGAGAUUCAUGUACCCUUUUAACAAAAGUUCCCUAAUGAUACAACAAUUGAGUCAGAAAUGGCUUCUGAGUCGAGCAAUAUUAGGAGUUUGAUAUGGACAAAUAUUAAAUAUUCUAUAGAAUUUUCCUCCACUUUUGCCAAGAAACAUCCAUUUGUUUCAUGCACUUUGUUAUGCUUCAUCUCGUUUUAUGCCCUUUCACCAUCAAUCACCUGGUUUUUCAUUUAUUCCCUUCCCCUUUUGUUCCUUUUCACUAUUCUUCUUAUAGUCUUUUUCAGCAUUCCAAAUUUUAAACACUUCGAACGAGAUGAUGAUUCGAAACCUUCUAGGAAAAUAAUCAGCCAUGACGUUGAAAAAGAUCAUGAUGAAGAUGGCAUUGACAAUACACAAAAGGCUUUUUUUCGAGCUAGAUCUGUUAGACAAAGAAAAUCCAAGAAAUGUAUAGAAACAGGCGCGGAGAAAUUUAUACAAGGUGCAUCCUUUCAAGUACCUUUUAGUGAUCAUGAUUUUGUUGACAAAGGCGAGUUGAUUGAAGAAAAAAUGAAAGAUAUCCGAGAGGUGGAAGUGCAUCCGAUAAGUGGUCGUGCUGAAUGUUCUUCCAGCUCGAGUAUUUUCAUGAAUCCAAGGCCUGUUGGGUAUUCGGAUUGCUCAUAUGAAGCAAAUGCAAAAUGUUUCAAAUCUUUUAGCUGUAUGUAUGAGAGGAAAGCAGAAUGUUUUGGUGAAACAGAAUAUGAUGGGGCAAGAAAUAAAGCUGUGCUAUGGAACAAUGAAGAUCAAAAGAAUCUCAUGGAUCUUGGACUUUCUGAGAUUGAAAGGACUAAAAGAUUGGAAAGUUUAAUGGCAAGACGACGAGCACGAAAGAUGCUGAGCCUACAGGUUAGAAGAUCACUGAUGAAUAUAGGCUGCAAGGAAACAUUUCCUCCAAUAUCUUCAAUUGUAGUUCCAAAGAACAAAGAAUCAACUAGUACUGUUUCACCUACCCCGGGUUCAGCCCCUUCGAUUUUGGGACCAAAUCAGAAUCCUUUUGACCUUCCAUAUGAUCAGCAUGAAGAGAAGCCUAAUGUCAGAGGUGGCAGUUUUAUGCAAGAGUUCAUGUCAGCUCAGGAACAGAAGGAGUUGAUGUUAUCCAGGCAUGAAAACUUCUGUACAGGGGCUGCACUUCCAGGGGAUCUGAACUUUGAUCAAAGUGAACGGACGCUUCAUUCUGAUUUUCCGUCCAGGCAAAGGUAUCCAGAGGCAUCUGAAAGUUCCAAAUCUAGACACCGAUUAGGUAAGGAAGACAAUGAUAGAGUAGUUGAGGAAGUACCAUCUCAAGCGUCAAAACCAGAGAUGAGCAUGGCCUAUAAAGGAGAUCAUAAUAGGGAAGCCCAGGAUAAUACCCAGGAUGAAAGAGAUAGCAGUGAAGUACAGAUAAAGUCAGUACUAGUGGAAGACAUUAGCAAUAGGGAAAGUUCAUCUUCGUCGGAAGAUGAUGAACCAUUCUAUAAGAUAGACAAAGAUGCAAUCUUGAAGUCUAUUGCUUCUCCUGCUCUAAGGAACUUAUCAGGUGACCCAUCACAUUUCGGUUCAUCCUCAUUGGAGAAGACGAGCGGGGAUGAACAUUUAUACUAUCCUAAUCAUCCUGUGCAUCGCACUCCCGGCUUGUCUAUUGAUUCUGACCGGCAAGUGGAGGUUUCUGAAGUUGGUUCACCUCCAUUGACAAAUAAUGGGAACUCAUCCGCGGGUGAAGAAAUUUCUAUAGAUGGAGAGAUAGAAAAAGCUAUCGCAUCUAGCAGCGGAGACACACUGAUGUCUUCAUCUCACCUAGCUAGAGUAGAUGAAAAUGAAUCAAAUUCCAGAGAAGUACGCGAGAUCACUGAACAACAUAUAGUGGAAUUUGGAUUUUCGAGAUUUCAUAUGCGCGAGAAUAAUGUGACUCCAAAUAUUCCAUCAGGACGAACAAUUGAACCGUAUUCCACUGGUUCAAGCUCAUUUCCACCUCCAAGGACAGAGAGGAAUCAAGCUACCAGCAGUUAUCAACAGCGUAGGCCAGAAGGACUAUCUGUAGUUAAUGAGAGAUUCCAAGGUUCAAUGUUACAAUCAGAAUUUUCAGUACAACCACUUCCUUUCGCGUCAACAUCAUUAGUAUCACCGACAUCUGUUUUACAAGCAAAUUUCUUAACUGAACAUGGAUCCUCUUCGAGCAUUGAUCAGCUACAAAAUGAUAGGUCAAUGCACAUCUCCAGUGAGAGAUCAGAUUCAAAUGCUUCCCAGGAGUCAGAUCUUAGUUUAAGCAGUUCAACAUUACAAGCUUCAGAAUUACCUUCAGAAACAGAAAAUUCAAUUUCAGGCAAAGAGAACAACGUUGCAUCACUUGUUCUAGACAGUGCCAGCGAACAACAUAGUGAAAAUGUGCCAUUAUCAACUAUUGGACAAGGACAUCACUCAUUUGAAGCCUCUAGUACAUCAUCGACUAAAUCUGUAUCGCAACCAAAUAUCACAACUGACAAAGGAUCUAGUUCAAAUUUUGGUCAAGAUAAGCAUUUGAAGGCUCAACAAGUAGACACACGCAAAGUAAACAAUAAGAUGCCAGUUGAAGUAACUGCUGAAAAAUGUGAUCCAAGCACUCCUCAGUGCUCAAAACUUAAGUUAAAAAAUUCAACAGUGCAAAGUUCAGUUCCAUAUUCGGAGACACAAAAAUCUGCAGAAAAUUCAAAAUCUCUCCCUACAAAAGACAUAAAGGAAACAUUUCGUGGUAAUGAAGAAGUUUUUUCUAUAAUUAGCCAGAGUAUUGAAGAUUCCCAAGCAUCAUCAUCGCCACAUGAUUUGGUGGUUGAAGAAGUUUCAAUUGUCUCUACUUCAUCCCCCUCCCCCAACUCUAUGAUUCAAUCAAAGUUUUCAGCAAAUGAAGGCUCCUCAAAUUCUCAAGAACAGAAGAGAAUGCAGGAUCCGAUACCUGGUAUUCCAUCAGAGAGAGCUGUCAAUCAAGAUUCAAUCAGCUUCCAAUCUACAAUCCGAGAAGUCCCAACAGCCUCGAGUUGUUCAUCAUCACCAAAGUCUUUACUCGAACCAAAGUCCUCAACAGGUCAAGGCCCUCUAUUUCACUUUGAUAGGACGGAACAAAUAGGUGAAAGUCCAAGUCCAAGAAUGUCUAGAAACACAAGGGCUACGUUAGAUGAAUCCACAGCAGACCAAACUCAUCACGCAGAUGCUAAAACGAAACCAUCCAAUGAUGAACAGAAGUCUCAUGAAGAAGCCACUAACCACAAUAAUGACAAGAAGAAGGAGGAUUUACCCAAAACAAGCCUCAAAGAAGUUUCUGAAUCACAUGUAGAAUCACCAAAGAAGACCACUGUGGUGUCUAACAACACCACAAAACAACAAAAGUCAAGUGAUGUUGCUAAUUUGGCUUCCUCCUCGACUAACAAGAACGAAAAUUCAGUCACUCCUAUUAGUGCAAGUGAAGAAACUUCAGAAAAGGGUAAUGCUGCAGCAGCAAAGGAAAACACUGAGUCGUAGAUUGACAGAACAGAUAGUAAAGACUAAAGAGAAGGUUAAAGAUUAAUGAGGGAUAGUUAAGAAUCUAGUUUUUUCCCCUUGAGAAAAUGAACAUAUACUUGUUUCCUAUGUCUCUCAGCCUCUUCAAAAAUUCCGACAGGUGCGUGUCUGAUCCUUCAAAAGUAGUACAUUUUUAGAGGAUAUGACACAGUUGCGACAACAUUUCUUGAGAGUCUGAGCAAGACAGAUUGUUUCUUCUUUCUGGAUGAUGGAAGAUUUUCCACAUGAGACUCCUUAAAUUGUAACUCAAAUUAAUUUGGAAGGUACUGGUGCGUAGGAACACAUAGAAGUUUGAUGUAUACACAUAGGAGAGUCAGAGGAAAUUCACUGUUGUAUAGUAUUUUAGGAUGUAAUUUAUACAGAAUGACAUUGAUUACAUGUCUA